AUGUCUAUCUCUUCUAUCUGUUGGAUUGCAAUCCCCCCCUCUCUCUCUUCGAUCUCUCUUUCUCUUUUUCAAUUCUUUUCCUCUCUAUCUUUCUGUCUCUCUUACUUUCUCUCAAUUCUUUUCAUCUCUCUGUUUCUCUUUCUCUUUCUCUCUCUCAAUUAUUUUCCUCUCUCUUUCUCUCAUUCUUUCUCUCGAUUCUCUCUCUCUCUUUCUCUCAUUCUUUCUCUCGAUUCUCUCUCUCUCUCUCUUUCUUUAUCUCAUUCUCUCUCUCAAUUCUUUUCCUCUUUCUCUCUUUCUAUCUCUGUCAAUUCUUUUCCUAUUCCUCUCUCUUUCUGUUUCACUAUCUCUCUCUCAAUUCUCUUUUCCUCUCUCUCACACUCUCUUUCUCUCAAUUCUUUUCCUCUCUCACUCUGUCUUUCUAUCUCUCUUUCUAUCUAUCUUUCUAUCUCUCUUUCUCACAAUUCUUUUCCUCUCUCGCUCUUUCUCUCUCUCGAUUCUUUUCCUGUCCCCCUCUCUUUCUGUCUCUCUUACUAUCUCUCUUUCCUUUUCUGUCCCCCUCUCUUUCUGUCUCUCUUACUAUCUCUCUUUCUUUUCCCGCCCCUCUCUCCUUCUGUCUCUCUUUCUAUCUCUCAAUUCUUCUCCUCUCUUUCACUCUCUGUUUAUGUGUCUUUCCUAUCUUUUAAUCUCUAUAUUUACCUAGCAAAUUCGCCCGCGCCUUAUCUACGCGCAAUAUCUAAUUCAGCUCCUUUUAUAAAUGACUCUUCUUCAUCGUCCUAUCCAAAUCCUUCUUUCUCUCUUUCUCUUCCCUCAUCACCCCACCUUCUUCUCUCUAUUUUCCACCCACUUCUCUCUAUAUUAUGA